AGACUGACUUAUUUCUUUCUGUGCUUUUAGAGGACUAUUUUAAUAAAGGGAAAAAUGAGUCUGAGGACAGUAAGCUUCGAUUCGAAACUUAUCGGUUGAUAUGGCAACAGAUGAAAUCUGAAACUGAGCAACUACAAGAAGAAUUAAAUAAAAACCUGUUUGACAGUCUAAUUGAAUUUCUGCAAAAGUCUUAUUCUGGGUUCCAGAAGAAUUCAAGAAACUGGGGCUAUCAAACAAAACUCAGAGAAAUUCCAACUGCUGCUCUUAUUCUUGGUGUGAAUGUCACAGAUCAUGACUUAACAUUCAGAAGCCUAACAGAAGCCCUUCAGAAUAAUGUCACACCAUAUGUAGUCUCAUUGCAAGCUAAAGAUUGUCCAGAUAUGAAACAUUUUUUGCAAAAGUUGGUCUCACAGUUGAUGGAUUGCUAUGUAGAUGUAAAAUCCAAAGAGGAAGAAAGAGUUCAGGUCACCAAGAAAAAGACACAUUAUUCAAUGGAUUCACUUUCCAGUUGGUAUAUGACUGUUGCACAGAAGACAGACCCAAAAAUGCCAAGGAAAAAGAGGACUACUUCUAGCAAAUGGCAGUCUCCUCCUGUUGUGCUUAUUUUAAAGGAUAUGGAAAGCUUCACCACAAAAGUACUCCAAGACUUUAUAAUUAUCAGCAGUGAACAUUUGCAUGAAUUUCCACUAAUACUCAUUUUUGGAAUUGCCACAUCUCCUAUUAUCAUCCACCGGUUGCUUUCUCAUGCCGUAUCAUCUCUAUUGUGCAUCGAACUGUUCCAAUCUUUGUCUUGCAAGGAGCACCUGACUACGAUGCUUGAUAAGCUACUUCUUACAACUCAAUUUCCCUUUAAAAUAAGUGAAAAAGUGUUACAAGUUCUGACCAACAUUUUUUUGUAUCAUGAUUUCUCAAUUCAAAACUUUAUAAAAGGACUUCAG